CAACUGUUUAAACUUUAAACUAUUCCUUCUCCUAGAUCUAAUUGCUUUGUUUCUUAUAUAUAUUUCAUCUCCCUGAUCACCUACCUAGAUCUCAGUCUUCUUAUCUCUUUAACGUUUUGCAGUUCUGAAGCUUGUCCAAGACAAAGUAAAAACCCUGGCCUAAUAUAAUUAAAGUGCUUGCAGGUUUGAUCAAGAAGAAACCAGAAAAAUGGGAGUUGAAGGCACUUUGGAAUACUUGUCCGGUCUGCUAAGCAGUGCCAGAAAGGGCAAGAAGAAGAAGAAGCAAAUCCAAACAGUGGCGCUCAAAGUCAGGAUGGACUGUGAAGGGUGUGUGCAGAAGAUCAAGAAAGUUGUCUCUGGUGUAAAAGGGGUAAAAUCUGUGGAAGUGGACAGGAAACAGCAGAAGGUGACGGCGACGGGAUAUAUGGAGGCAAAGAAGGUGUUGGCAGCAGUAAAGUCAACGAAGAAAAAGGUGGAGCUAUGGCCAUAUGUUCCAUACACACUGGUGGCUCAUCCAUAUGUGUCUCAGGCUUACGACAAGAAGGCUCCUCCUAAUAUGGUCAGGAAGAUUCCCAACACUGCCACCAUUAAAGAGACCACCAUCGAUGACAAGUACACCAUUUUGUUCAGUGAUGAGAACCCAAAUUCCUGCUCCAUCAUGUAGCUAAAGUACUACGUACCACAAAAUCAGUACUGCAUGAGUAUUGUAUAUAAAAAGUUGUACGUAGGCCGCUUAUAAUCUCUGGGUGUUUUUUUUUUGUUUUUUUUUUUUUGUAAUAGGGUAUCAUCAUAAUGCAAGUAUUAAUAUUUGAAUAUAAUAUCUUUGAUUAUCUGAUU